AAAAUAUUGUAAUAAAGCAGUCAUACAUAAAAAAAAACUUAUGGUUUACGAUUGUGAUAGUCUGUGCACGCAAUUUAAAUUUUACCCUUCAUAAAAUCCAACAUCUAGUGUUGUAUUUUAAUUAUCUAUGAAUUUUUUAAAUCGAGACUUUGCGUGUUACACACUCGGUACGGUCAGAAUAAUGCGCGGGCGCGAACCCUUGUCCAGCAGGCUUCCCUUGGCUCUCUCAGGAGUUUGACCUCUGGUCAAUGGUGAAAAGGACAGUCUUAACUGCAGUCUCCAGCGGAACGGAAUGCUAUUUACGCAGCAGUUCGCUCUUCCCUGCCUAGGAAGGCUUAACAAAAAGUCUCGGGCACCGAGUAAAACAAUGGAGAGAUAUGAGAGGCUGGGAAGACUUGGUGAAGGUAGCUAUGGAGUGGUGUUCCAGUGCAGAGACAGGCAAACAGGAAGACUGGUAGCUGUUAAGAAGUUUCAACAGACUGAAGACGACCCCCUUAUAAGAAAAAUCGCUCUCAGAGAAAUACGGCUGCUUAAGAACCUCAAGCAUCCAAACUUAGUGAAUUUAUUAGAAGUCUUCAGAAGAAAAAGAAAACUUCACUUAGUAUUUGAGUACUGCGAGCACACGCUGCUCAAUGAGAUGGAAAAGUAUCCGCGAGGAUGCCCAGAGCAGAUGACAAGACAACUCACCUGGCAAAUUCUUCAGGGUGUUGCUUACUGUCAUAGACUCGGCUGUGUUCACAGAGACGUAAAGCCGGAAAAUAUUCUCAUCACAGGCGACGGCGUUGUUAAACUCUGCGACUUCGGGUUCGCAAGAAUGCUAAGUCCUGGAGAAAAUUACACCGAGUACGUUGCGACCAGGUGGUAUCGAGCGCCAGAGCUUUUGGUCGGCGAUACUCAGUAUGGAACUCCCGUUGAUGUUUGGGCAAUUGGGUGCGUGUUUGCCGAGUUAAUUCGAGGAGAAGCACUUUGGCCAGGUAAAUCCGAUGUUGAUCAACUGUAUUUAAUCAGAAGAACUCUAGGAGAUCUUUUACCUCGCCACAUGAUAAUUUUUCAACAAAAUGAAUUCUUCGCUGGUGUUACUCUGCCCACGCCUCAGUCAGUAAUGCCUCUAGAAGCUGUUCUCCCCAUGACUGCUAGUACACCUGUACAAAUUGAUUUUCUGAAAAAAUGCCUAGAAAAAGACCCAGAUCACAGGUGGACUUGUGAUCAAUUAUUACAACAUGUAUACUUUGAAAACUUCCACUAUAUGUUGCCUAAUGGCGAAAUUGAAGAAUAUGAAAAGAAUCGGAAGUAUCGAGAUCGAUCACGAAAUUCCAAUUACAAUCAAAUGGUGCUGCCGCAACUAACUUCCAAAGGUGGAGGACUUCAUCAGGAAAGCCUUCCAAAAAGUUCGUCUGUCCAGCAACAUCAAGACUUUGAUCAUUUACCUACAAUUCGUGGAUGUAAUUAGUCUUGGUACUAAAUAAGUUAUUGUAAUAUACUGUCCAUUUUUAACUGUAAAAAACUGUAUAAUUACUUCUUCUCAAUGUACUUAUUUCUUCGUCUAUUUAAUCCAAUAAUUUAACAAUUAUUAUUUAUUUAUUUUUAUUUUUUUAUUUAUUACUAUCAUAUUUAUUUAAAUUAAUUAAUAACAAUUAAACGAUGAAAUAUUUAUUCUAAAGUACAUUUAUAAUUCAGUUAUAUAAAGUUUUAUUGAUAAACUAUUUAGUCUUCUAAAAAUAAGCUGUAAAGUAAUUUGUAUCGCUAACAAUGCUUCAUCUAACAGACUGAAGUUGAUGUAAAAAGAAUAAACAAUAAAAAAAAUUAAAUACC